GGUUAUCUGGUUAUCUGUGCAGGUCUGGAGUAUAGGUGUUCUGCGGUAGGCGCUGCUGGGUACUAGUCCGCCGCAAACUGCUGGAAGAAACUACAAGCACAGCUACAAGACACGAAGAAAAAUAGAAAAGCGCCCAUCUUGUCAUCCAUUCCCCACGUUAGGAUUGAGUUCUUCGUUUACAGUACCUUUGGGAAGGUACUUUAUUUCGAACAAAAUGUCAACAAAAAGCACUAAAAGUGUGCGUAAACUUGAACGUCCUCGUCCACUGCGGUCAAACUCCGAUUCAGACAAGUCUCCAUCAUCUCUUCUCAGUCCUGCAGAGAGUGUCACUAUGCUACUUGACACAAAUGCACAGUGCACUGUAAGUGAUGAAGAUGUGCUUAAUGAGAUUGAAACACUUCACGUCUCAUUGAACAAUGGAAACUACGACGCAACCAUAUUGACUCUAAUUGCCAACGUCUAUGAUCUGCUUAAACUAAAGGGACCUUCCAUGGAAUCUUGCUUCAAAGAUCAAUUGGACUGUUACUUUGUCACUCUACGUAAUGCGUCCCGUGACGACAGGCUAGAAGUAAUGGGCCGCUUGAGGUUUCUUGAGCUGAUUGAACUGCGGGCCGCUGGAUGGAAGCCCACUGAUUUUUUUACUGACUAUUUCAAGUGCAAGUACGCAGAACUUGAGGCCUGCGGUAAAUCCAUCAAGCGUGGGCAUGCAGCCUCGGAAACAGGGCUGCAGUUUGCACCAACACAAGCGGCCUAUCUGCAACAGCCUCAACAACAGCAGCAGCCACAGCAAGCGCAACAGCAGCACUCAAUGGCACCCAUUACACCAGCGACAUCACCACCACUCUCGCUGCAGCCCACGGAAGUGUUGAAGAGCUCGGGGAAGUUUGGUAAACCAGCAAAGAUUCCAGGCCGAAACUUUCUAAAAGAUGAAAUUGUUAUUCGAAACUCUGACUCUGGCAAAGUGAUGGGCAUCAAGGGGCGUCGUGUUCAUAUGAUUGAAGAGCUGAGUGACACGGUGAUCUCCUUCCAGCGAGUAAAUCCAGGUGUGCGGGACAGACUGGUACAGAUAACAGGUCCCAGUGAGGAGACAAUAACGCGAGCUAAAGAACUGAUCGAAGAUACUAUUCGACGCAACGCAUCUCCAGUUCGGGAAAUGGGAGAUGAGACAUCCAACAAUUAUGGUGUGGGGGCUAAAGAGUCCUGCCAGAAGCCUUCCCUCGUGCACAGUUACAGCAUGGGUGAUGCUAGUGGGGGGGAAUACACCGCCACCGUCACUGUGGGCAGAGAACCCAUCCGAAUCUGUGGACACAAGGCUGUCCUGGUUAAGUCUGUCAAGUUGUUCCUGGAGAAGUAUUUUCCUAACCAGGGUGACUUCACUGACAAGGCAGCUAUGGACAUGCUCUCUGCAUCAAACCAGGGAUCUUACAUGUCUCCUGAGCCAAACAUGCUCUCCAAUAACCGAGGAGUGUCUGAACUGUGCACUGAAGCAGCGUCAUGGCAGGGGCUUGCUGUAAGGAGAGACAGUGGCCCACCAAGCAGCCAGACUAGCAGCUCAAGUGACGAGGAGACAUACAAGGAAGAUGAACAAGAACUUGUGGCAAGUGGCGAAAAACGGAUGACGGAGUACACUGCUGAUCCAUGUGAUGACAUUGCCCGGUUCGCCAUUCUAUUGGAAAAGGAAACCAGCCUGUCUUCGAAGCACAUUUCCCGGUCUGGCAGCAUAUUGAAGAACUUGCCUGCUCAAAUCGUCACCAGAACUUCGAGUGUUGCUGAGGUGCCUGUGCAGGCCAAGCAGUUCAAGCGAUCUGGGAGCUCGCCAGAGUUUUCUGCUAAGGCUGACCGUCCUCAAGUGCCUUCCUCAGCUUCAUCAGAUGUUUCUGAUGCACCAACUGAUGUGUCGUCAAAGUGCAAGAGCUACUCACGAGAAACUCUCCUUCAGUUGUCACACUCGGCAUUUGCCACACAGAUGCCACCAGAUUUCCCUUCAUUGGACCCUGAAGUGGCAAAUUUAAUGGUUAAGCAGCACAUCACCCCUUUUGACUCUGAUGGGUUCCGGCAACGGAUGAUGCGUCAGGCCUCAGUCUCCGACUUUGUGUCAAGUUCUCCAGUUUCCUCCACACCACCGCGCUCCGAUGUGUCGGAGGUGGAAGACCCAGGUUCAUCGUUCGAAGACUGACACCAAGUGAGAAAUGUCGACGACUGCUCAAGCUGAAAGCCCAAGACAGGGCUGAGCAUUGGUCCAAAACACUUAGCUUAUUACCAAAGGUCUUAACAAAGUUAUAUAUUCAGAAAGGUUUGCUCUUCACAGUUACAAUGUUGCGUUGUUAUCUUCUAAUACUGGUUUAUGUUCUGCAAAAGGCUGCUUUGCUUUCCGGUGACUGGAAGAAAUGUAUUUAUUUGUUUAUUUAAAGCUUUGUAUUGUAUUUUAAUUUGAAAGUGUCGGAUAUAUGUUGACCUAAAUCCAAGCAACUUAAUAAGCCUUAAAUAAGUUGAAACACCUUACUUUGCUAAAGUGCAGCUUCAUCUGUCGCAUAAGCUUUCCGUCUGUUUUUUACAAUAAUUUGACUGUUCUUGUGUACAAGAUCCUGCUGAUCUAAAUAUACUUUUUGUUUGUGUGUGUAUGUGGUGUGUGUUUCUGGUUUUGUUGCUCCUGAAACAAGGCAGAAAUAAUAUGACAAAGAAUUAAAAAAAUAGUUGAUGAAAAAUAUGAAAGGCAAACACCCGCACAGAGUGAUGUAAAGUUGGGACAGAUAAGCUCCUUAUGUCCUUUUUGGUGAGCGGUAAAGGGUUCUAAAAUAAUCUGCAUGCAUUUAGGCAGCUGCAGAUAGUAUUUUCCUCUUACCUUACUCUUCAUGUUUUGUUGAAAGGAGGUGCUCAGAAAAUGUGCAUUGUGGUACCCAGCUUCAGUGAGCUGUUGGACCUUCACCUUAAAUCUUACAGGUAUCCUAAGGGUAUCCUAGAGUUUUCAGCUUUCAGGGCAAAGAUGUUAGUGGCUCUCCAACUUGGGAGUAAAUGCACUAAGGGCUUGUAUGUGCCUAAUUAUCAUACUUUCUCAGAAUUGUUAUCAGUGCUCCCCUAAGCUAGUAUCUUGGGCAUGAAAGUGGACUGUCAAGUACUUUGUUGACAAAACACCAUGGUGUUGUGGCAGUGCAUCAUUGACAAGAUUCAUGAGCACUGUAGCACUUGCACGUGCAACACAUUCUUUUUUAAGGUAAUAAACAAAUUAUGGCCAAUGCACAUGAGAAAUUUCAGAGAAUUUAUCAUUCACCAAAAAAAAAAAAAAGUUUUUGAGUAUACUGUCAUUUGCAUUGUUAAAGUUCAUUUGCCUGUCUUCUAGCAAUUAUAUUGUACUAUUGUUUAUCCCGUUUUGUUCACAAUGCAGAAUCAACUUGCCCAGUGUAUUAGGAUUCUUAGUUGCAUCACUGCUGCGUUGUCGAGCCACCAUUUCCAGGGUUUCAUGUUAUACAUUGCCUUCAAAUUGAAGUGUCAGUAAUUUUAUAAAAUGUGCUAUGCUAGCUGUGCAAAUGCUGCUUGCAUAAGUGAUUCAUAUAUAUUGGCAGACAAUUUUAAUGAACAAGUCCAACAAAUACACAACAAAAAAAUUAUUUUAAUUUUGCAACUACGAUAUAUGCUUACAUAAAAAAAUUGGAGCUUACAUCGAAAAAGUGGAAGACAAUCGUAUUUGAAGACAACUAGGUUUUACUUGAUUCUUCUAGAUGGUUUGUAUUUGUAAAUGAAUAUUCAUCAUCAAAUUUCGUACUCUGUACACUAAUCACAUUCAGAAACAGUAGUUGGGCAAACCCUCAAUUUAACUCGAUGGGGGAACAGCGCAAAAAAACACAAGAAGGGAGACACACACCAGCGCUGGUGUGUGUCAGACACGCACCAGUGCUGGUGUGUCUCCCUUCUUGUCGUGUUUUUUUGCGCUGUUCCCUCAUCGAGGAUGUACCAACUAGCCUAAGCCACUGCGGUCCUCAAUUUAGCACUCAUUUCUCAUAGCAUACCAGUCUAGAAAUCUGGCAGAGCUGAUAUGUGCUCCUGAUUUUGGUUGGCAAAAUGGCUGUUCAGCUUUCUCCAGCGAUCAACUAUGUAAUCCUUGUUUCAAGGCUUGUACUGUCGAAUGUGAGAUUGGAGAGUUUUAGCCUGGGAAGGCAAGCCACACCGAAGCGUUGUGGGACGCAAACCACCGGGCGAACAAAAGAACUCAAAUCGAAGCACAAAAGAGCACGAAGGACCCACAAUGGCGUUUGUGCCCCCCAACACUUGCGUGCGGCUUGCAUCCCCAAAUCUAAGACUCUCUGCUAACAUAUCAAGUAUAAAAUUUGCUGACUAUUCCAAACUUAAAUUUAAAAAAUUAUCAAAAGGAUGUGUUUGUGCAUUCUAAUUCGCAAGAGGUGUCUGCCAAAACGCAGAAACUAUCUGUACAAGCAACGUUUGCCAGCUAGCUUAGCAUUUUUAUUAAAUUACUGACACUUUUAACUCUCAGAUCGUAUAACUUCUUGUCAUAGCUGUCAAACUGCAGCAAAUGUACCAGUUGGUUGUGUCAGGGUUCAUCAUGGUUCCGGACCUUGUAGCUUACUAAUAAAGGUAUUAAGCUUUUUAGCUGUGUUGACAAAACACCGAGUUAUGAUUUGUUUUUCACUUCUAACUUUUCAUUAUUGCAGUUUUCAGGUGCUGCUUUAUCUGUGUUUUGAAAACUCCCACAGGGUCCAGUAAUGUUCCACGUUAUAUUUUCUAGUUUUUCCUAUACCAGUUUUGUAUUGAAAUAAAAAAUCUCGGUUGUGAAUGCUGUGUUGACUAUUAGAAAGCUACAAACCUAAAAAAAAAAGAAUUGCUGCGAACACUGGCUAUAAGUUUUUUGUUGAAAUGGUGCUUUUUUGCGUUGCCUCUGCCUUUAAUUCACAUUGCUAGAUUGCUGAUUUGGUUUUAGAUUGUUGUACAUGUGCAGUUUGCUCUAAGUGGACUUCCUGGUCUAUAGCUUUAAUUAUUUAAAUAAUCUUGGUGGCCAUUUUUAUGGUAUUCAUACUCUUGACGCACAACUAUAUGCGAGUGGUAUGAAGACUGCUCCAUUUGUGGUAGCCACCAGUACCAUGGUUCAUGUAAUUGACGUCUGGUUAUGGCUGUGGCUGUGGUCUUCCAGGAACAGGAACAAAUAAAAUUGUGUUCAUUCUCGAGUUCUA